ACGUCAAUGUUCACCGUGUAUUACGAGGAAGUGGUUGCAAAUCGGUUCGCGCGUGCACAAAUUCAGAGUUUUCAGUUCAGUUUUAGCUUAGUUACUUUCCUAAUAGAUCGCAAAACGUUCCUGGUAGAUUAUUGAAGGUGGUGCAUAACACUAAGUUUGCCCCAAUGUGGGCCAAACACGACAAAAUAACAGUCGAAACGUUUCCUCCCUCGGUCAAAAUUUUCUUCCUACAUCCUCAUCAGUACCGUCAGACAAAAAGUAGUACCAACAAGAAGAAAAGGAAAAGUCGAAACGUCAUCCGUGGAGCAAAUAGCCGGUGCUGUCAGACAUUGCAAAACAAAACAUUCGAACUUUCAGCGAAUUGGUUCCCGUUUCACGGUAUUGUUGUUGAUCGGGUCAAGUUGGUGGCAACAAUUGAAGAGAGCUUCAACCGCGGAAGCGUUGGAAGCGCUCGUGUGCCACGUUAGAUGGAAUUAUGAACCAAGAGCCCUGCUCAAACGCCCUCACGCAGAUCACUUACCUCGUUUCGAACUUGAAUAAGAAGAACUUAGCGUCGAGUAGCCGACAGUUAGCACAGCUUGUGAAAGACUUUGGAUUGGAAGCAGAUCGUCAUCUGCUGCGUUGUUUGUUUUCUGCCAUAGACUUCUCCAGUACCAGCACUGGAGACGCCUCAGUCGGACACUCCCGGAACAGCAACAAUAACAACAGUUCGCCACUGCAGGCCCGUCUCUUGUCGAAGGAACUCAUUGGAUUGCUGGAUAAAUCGCAGCUGGUCGGAAACAUUUGCCAAGCGGUAGACGAUCCGCUACCGCAUCAAAGGACUCUGGUACCAUCAGUCAACUUAGCGACGCAAAUAGCGAGAACACUCAACUGUUCGCCAAUUCAGGAAACUGCCCUUUCGUUAGCUCUACUUCACUCGUCGCACCCGGAAACGGUACUCAGUGCGGAAGCUCUCGGACGUAGUUGUUUGGGUGAGCUGAUUCAGUCCUACAUCGAUUUAGAACCCAGCCAGCCGAAUCAGGAAGGAAGUCUAAACGACUUGUCACCUGAGGUCCUGCAGCACAUUCUGUCGCUUAUCUCUCACGAAAAGCAUCGGGAGCUUGGCUUGUCGGAUACUACUUACGGCAAGUUUGUGCAGCAGCUGUGCCGCGAUUUUCCGCGAGAUCGAGUUCCAUUGAUACUAGCACCGUUGCUUUACCAGGAGGAUUCGGAAAUCUCUGCCGAAUCAGUCAAACUGAACUCGCAGGCCCUGCUGCGUUCGUCUGUGAUGGACACGGCUUGGGGCAGUUUGGUGAUGGAAAUUGGUUACACUUUUACGGCCUCAUUGGAGGACUGUAAAAAUCAUCUACUCAAAGUAGGUGGAAGAGAAAUUUCGGCCCAGGAUGUAGCCAAAAUAAUCUCGUCGAUGUGUUUGACGCAUGCGUCUCUUUCGGAGAGUAGCAUCAACCUUCCGACUCCCAGCAGUUUUUGGCCUCAGGGAAACGAUCCGGGAGGAAAAGGGAAAGAUGGUCAAGGUGGAGGCACCGGAACGGAGAACAGCACCUGGAAACCGGAGAUUUUUGUACAGGCUCUUAAGGAAGUUGUUCCCGGAUUAAAUUGGAAAGAUGUUUGCCUGGCUCUAGAUCAUCCCGAGUUUCUUAUCAAGGAUCGAGCCGGACUUUCGUUGCUGCUGUCGAUUGUGAAAAUGGGAAUCCAAACAAGCGGUUUGGGACAACAUUUUCCCGUAGAAUGUAUCUAUCAGCGGUGGACAAACGUGGAGGGCCAGCUGUCGUUGAUCACCAUGAUUUUAAAGUGUCCUGAUUUGUACUCGUUCGCAGACCACAUUUACACGAGUGUUUCGGUAGAUUUACUCAAAACACCACCAGAAACGGAUAAUAAAGAGGUUGCUUCGUGGAUGUCCCUCCAUCUGGUCGAUGUUCUGUUGUACAUAGCCGACAACGGGUUCCAUAACCCGGUUGUAGACAUAUUCAAAAUACCGAUCCAACUGUGCCCGGAUAUAAUAUUUAUGGCGCUUUUACAGAUAAACCCACCUGUCACUGUUACGCGCCAGGAAUUGUUCACGACAUUGAUUCCGAUUUUCCUGGGAAAUCACCCGAAUUCCGGAACCAUUCUUCACCACGCUUGGAACAACACCAACUUCAAUCCCUCGUUGAGACACAUCAUUCUACACUCAAUGAGUGAGUGGUAUCUACGUGGGGAAAAUGACCAAUCGCGUCUGUCUCGCAUUCUGGAUGUAGCCCAAGAUUUGAAAGCCUUGUCCAAUUUAUUGAACGUUAGACAGUUUAUUUUCAUUAUUGAUUUGGCAUGCUUGGCCUCCCGUCGAGAAUAUCUAAAAUUGGAGAAAUGGCUUGCCGAUAAAAUCCGUGAACACGGGGAACCUUUCGUGAAAACCAUCAUCAAAUUUCUACAGCGACGUUGCCCUCAGAUUAUGGUUGGAAAAUUUGCCGAUGAACAAAUCCCGAAAUCAGCUCAGCUUCCACCGGAGACAUUAAGCACGAUUUUGACUUGCUUGCAGGCAUGUGUUGCCAAUGUUAGCCCAGAUGUGGCGGAGAUUAUUAUGGGAAUGGCUCAGUAUAAUCUGCUGUUGACCAGCAAGACACGCGCACAACAAGCACCCCAACAACAGCAACCGCCUCCACCGGGUGUUUUGAGACCGCAUCGUGGGUUAGAGGCCCCGUUCAAUGCAUCGGCUUUGGGAGGACAGAUUUUUCCAGGCCCUUCGGUAGAAUCGCUUUCGGGACUAGCGGGCAAUAUGGCGGGUUUGAAUUUGGGUGCCCCCGGAAAUAGUGCUUUCAGUUUCGGAAGUGCUCUUGGAAAUCUCGUGUCAACUCCGGCAUCUCCUUCUAGACUUCUGGCUGGUCCAUCGAACAGUCCGUUUCCGCUUAUGUCAAUGCCCCCGGCGGCACCCGUGGGAAACAUUGGUCGUCUACCGCAAACUCCCACCGGAGACAAGCUGACUUUGCCGAAUGCAGGACAAACAUCCUUUCCGGAGAUUGGUUGCCAGCAGGUUUCCAAAGAGGUGGAAGAUGAGGCAAACAGCUACUUCCAGCGGAUAUACAAUCACCCACCGCACAAUAAUUUGUCCAUCGAUGAAGUGCUAGAUAUGUUACAGCGAUUUAAGGAUUCACCAAUCCGUCGCGAAUGCGAUGUCUAUCAGUGCAUGCUACGCAACCUGUUCGAAGAGUACAAGUUUUUCCCUCAGUACCCGGAUAAGGAGCUGCAGAUUACUGCCCAGCUGUUCGGAGGAAUGGUCGAAAGAAACCUGGUCACCACGUAUGUUGCUCUAGGUCUGGCACUUCGCUGUGUGCUUGAUGCUCUCAAGAAACAGGAAGGAUCCAAAAUGUACUAUUUUGGCAUUACCGCAUUGGAUCGUUUCAAGAACAAACUUCAUCUGUAUCCAAAAUACUGCGAAUACGUUCAUUCAAUUCCACACUUCGAUCAGUUUCCACCACAUUUGAUCGAGUACAUCGAAUAUGGAGCCCAAGGGCAGGAACCACCGAACAAAACUCUUGGACCAGGACCACUACCGGCAUCUAUCACACAGCUUUUGCCCGGUCCAUCUGUCAUACCCGGCGGAAACCCGCUCUAUCGCAGUAAUUCCGUAACGGGAACUAGCAAUCUGACGGCAGCUGCCCCUCCGGCACCGGCUAAAGUUAAUCUAGGGGCACCGCUGACGAACUCUUCACAACCACCGCGUGUCAAAUCCAUUGCCAAUGCCACCAACAUCGAUACGCUGCUGGUAGCCACUCAGGAUGGCGAAGAAAAGAUCAUCACCCCACCGGACACGAUGCAGGAUAAAACUGCCUUCAUCUUCAAUAAUCUCAGUCAGAUUAACCUUCAGCAAAAGUGCGAAGAAAUUAAGGAUAUCAUUCAAAAAGAUUACCACGCUUGGUUGGCGCAGUACUUGGUGCUGAAGAGAGCUUCCAUCGAAGUCAAUUUUCAUGUAUUGUAUUCGAACUUCCUGGAUGCUCUUAAAAUAUCCGAUAUUAACAAGCUAGUGACGAAAGAAACGUUCCGUAACAUUAAAGUACUGCUACGAUCCGAUAAGGGAAUUGCUAACUUUUCCGACCGGAGCUUGCUGAAGAACCUGGGUCACUGGCUUGGAAUGAUGACUCUGGGUAGGAACAAACCGAUUCUGCAAUUGGACAUCGAUAUGAAAUCGCUACUGGUGGAAGCCUACAACAAAGGACAACAGGAGUUACUGUAUGUGGUACCAUUCGUGGCAAAGGUGCUUGAAUCGUGCGCUAAAAGUAAGGUUUUCAAACCACCAAACCCAUGGACGAUGGCCAUUAUGAAUGUGCUGGCCGAGUUACACCAAGAGCCGGACCUUAAGCUGAAUCUCAAAUUUGAGAUAGAAGUUCUGUGCAAGAAUCUAAACAUUGAUGUUUCCGAUUUGAAACCGGCGGUGUAUUUGAAAGAUCCUGAACGCGCUCAAAACAUAGAAUAUCAACUCUCCCAGCCGAAAUUAGCUAAGGAAAUGCAACCGAUGGCUGUGAUGCAGCAGGUUACAGAGGAAAUGGUUUCCGCCGGACCAUCGGGAUCACCGGCCAUUCCUGCUAUGGAUCCAUCGCUGGCCGUCACUGGUCCCCCGGAGCCACGCUUCCAUUACUCAGAUAUCAACAUUGCCAGUUUCGCCUGUAUCAACCAACACGUCACCUACUCACCAAACAUCGCCCUUCUGCACACUCACCCUCAUCUGAAACAAAUUGUGAAAACUGCCUUGGAACGAACCAUCACUGAUUGGAUCACUCCGGUUGUGGAGCGAAGUGUCAAAAUCGCUUCCAAAACAUGCGAGCAGAUCAUCAAAAAAGAUUUUGCUCUCGAUUCCGAUGAGCAGCGGAUGCGUACGGCAUCCCACAAUUUGGCCCGCAACCUGGCAGCCGGUAUGGCUAUGAUCACCUGCCGCGAUCAGUUGAUGCAAAACAUUCAGACCAAUAUUAAAACUGCCUUCAUGACAACGCUCAGUCCGGCACAGAAGGAUGUGGCGGAAAUUGCGGCCAAUCAGUUAGCCGCCGACAAUAUGGAGCUGGUAUCGGCAUUUAUACAGAAAACAGCCAUCGAAAAAGUGGUUCCGGAAAUGGAUAAACUGCUGGCGACGGAAUAUGAUAUGCGCAAAAUCGCUCGCCAGGAAGGUCGCCGCUACUGUGAUGCCAGUGUGCUGACAUAUCAGGCUGAGCGGAUGCCGGAACGGAUUCGGUUGAGCGUGGGAGGAGUUUCGCUGAGUCAGUUGGCGGUGUAUGAAGAGUUCGCUAGAAAUAUUCCCGGUUUCCAACCGAUUACCGAUCGCGAUAAUGCGUUGUUUGCACCGAAAUUAGUGGACCCGAUACCACAACAACAGGUGCCACAAUUUGCAAUUUCUGCAGCCGCUCUGGCAGCUGUCACACCAGAUGAGAUUGGAGCGCUGUAUGAUGAAUUGGGUAGCAAAAUGGAUGCGUUCAUCAACAGUGCAGUGAAUGUACCACAGUUACAGGUUCACGUCAACAAUAUGCACUCGCUGCUGGAGUGCCUGAUGCAUGCUCGUCGUUCCCGGGAAAAUCUAACCGCUUGCAAUCUGUUGAACAAAGCCGUUGAAGGUAUAAUGGAAGGUUUGAUGAACAUCCCCGAUCACAUCGAACAGAUCAAGUUGUACAGAGACAUCCAUCUGCGGGUCAUGCGUCUACUGCAAGAUCCCCGGGCCUUCGGACCAGUUUGGACCAAUAAGGCUAUAACACGGUAUAUGCUGGAUUGUCGCGAGGAGAUUCGUUACAAUGUGGAAGCUGUUGAUCUGUUGAUUUCAUCAAACUUUGUCAACAUGCCCCAGUACGACAUGACACUGAUGCAGCUGAUGGACAACGGAAGCAACUACGUAGCCGUUGUGUUUGCAAUGCAACUGGUUCAAACAUACUUCAUCGAUGAACGUCCGAAUUCGGUAAUCACGGAGAACGAUCUUUUGAACACCAUUGAUUUGCUGGCUCGGCUGGCUGUGCAUUCAAGAGCUCCCGAAGGUUUGGCUCAUCUUAUUGAAAUGUUACGUUCGAAUCAUGAUCCCAAUACGUUACUGGUGGAUCGUACACUCGCUGGACCGACGUCGUACAUCCACUCGGGCAUUAUUCAGGCCAGGGCUACCGAUAUCGAAGAUCCUCCGGGCUUUGCUGAACGAGCUGAGUAUUUGCUGAAAGAUUGGAUUACAAUCUAUCACACCCAGGCGGCCGGACGAGAUCCAAUCAAAGCUUUCAGUAUAUUCGUGAACAAAAUGAACGUGUACGGAAUAUUGAAGGGAGACGAACCGCUGACCAGAUUUUUCCGUCAUGCUACACAAUGUUGUAUAGAUUUGACCUACCGGAACAUGAAUGAUCCCAGCUCGAAAACCAAAAUUUUCCAAUGGAUUGACGCCUAUGUGCGCUUGAUUGCACUGUUGGUGAAACACUCCGGUGAAAGUGGCAACUCAAGCACAAAGCUCAAUCUGCUGAACAAGGUGCUGGGAAUUGUCGUUGGAAUCCUGCUGCAAGAUCAGGAAGUGCACGGCACCGCCUUCCAGCAAUUGGGCUACCAUCGGAUUUUCAUAAUGCUGUUCCUCGAACUGAGUGCGCAUGAUCCGGUACUGGAAAACAUCAGUCUCAGCGUGAUUACAGCAUUCUGCCACACGUUCCACAUUCUGAGACCAUCGCUAGCUCCAGGAUUCUGCUAUUCCUGGUUGGAACUGAUUUCGCAUCGUGUCUUCAUUGGGCGCAUUCUGGCUUCGAUUCCACAGCAGAAGGGAUGGUCCAUGUAUUCGCAGUUGCUAAUCGAUCUGUUCAAGUAUCUUGCUCCGUUCCUUCGCAAUGCGGAACUCGCCAAACCCGUUCAACAUCUCUACAAAGGAACACUGAGAGUGCUGCUGGUGCUUUUGCAUGAUUUCCCAGAAUUUCUGUGUGAUUAUCAUUUCGGUUUUUGCGAUGUGAUUCCUCCGAACUGCAUCCAAAUGAGAAACCUGAUUCUAUCUGCAUAUCCUAGGAACAUGCGGCUACCGGAUCCGUUUACGCCAAAUCUGAAGGUUGACAUGUUGACCGAUAUCGGUGGUGCUCCACGGAUUUUCACGAAUUAUGCCGCUGCAAUCACUCCGAACAGUUUCAAAAAAGAUCUGGACUCGUAUUUGAAAGCCCGUUCGCCGGUGACAUUCCUCUCAGAGCUGCGUAGUAAUUUACAAAUUUCCAACGAACCCGGAUCCAGGUACAACAUCCCUCUCAUGAAUGCCCUUGUUCUGUACGUAGGAACACAAGCAAUCGCUCACAUUCGCAGUUCGAAGAACCUAGGCCCAACGAUGGCGACUAUCGUGCAUAGUGCUCAUAUGGAUAUCUUCCAGAAUCUUGCCGUGGACCUAGACAACGAAGGUCGUUAUCUGUUUUUGAAUGCCAUUGCUAACCAAUUGCGAUAUCCAAACAGUCAUACGCACUACUUCAGCUGUGCGAUUUUAUACCUUUUCGUUGAAGCCAACUCCGAGGCAAUUCAGGAACAAAUCACUCGAGUUCUUCUGGAACGACUGAUUGUGAAUCGUCCGCAUCCAUGGGGUCUUCUCAUUACGUUUAUCGAACUGAUCAAAAAUCCAGCGUACAAGUUCUGGGACCACGAUUUCGUCCAUUGUGCACCGGAAAUUGAAAAAUUGUUCGAAUCAGUGGCCAAUUCGUGUAUGGUUGUCAAAUCUAAGAGCCAACAGCAAAUGCCGAAUGUCGAGUCGGAGAUAGCGGAAUGCAAUUAGGAUCCUUCGAGCAGGAUAGGGUUUUCAAUUCUUACGAAUCAGUAGCACUAUUGUUAAGGAUAAGUGAAAAGGGCUAAACUUGCUUUUGAAUACAGUUCAUUAAAAAAAACAUUGCUGUCGCGCUUAAAGACUUGUGUUGCAACAUAUCAGCAAGAUUUAUUAAUGUUUUGAUAACGACAGAAAACAGCGAAAACUUUUUUUUAUUGAUUAAAGAAUGUUUCCGUUCAAAUAACUUUUCAGUCUUUGAAACAUCAUUGUCCUGUAAAUAGGAUUAGUCGCUUUGUAGUGGUGUUUAUUUUUUUUGAAGCGUAUUGAGUCAAUCUUUGUAUUAUAUUGAACACAAUGUCAUCAAUGCCCUCAACUAUUUUACAUCGUAAGUACAUACCAAGUGGUCCAACUCAAGAAGCAACUUGUAACAGUAUAUUAAUGAAACAAAGCACGUUUUUUUAUAUAUCGGUUGGUAGUGUGAUACAAUCGUAUAAGAGUUAAAAACUCCGAAAUAAAUGUCACAAAUCAAUGUGCUUUAUUCAAAUAGUGAAUAUGUUUGGAAAAUCCAACGCGAUAGGAAUGAAUUUAGUUGUGACUUAGAACUUAGAUGUCAGUAGAUGUCCGUUAUUGCUAAUUCGUACUGUAAUUAUAGUAAUGUAAUCAAUUAUUCGUCAAUAAACAAAAGAAAAUUA